UUCACAGAAAGCCAUCAAUUAAAUAUCUUCUCCCCAAAUUUCUCCGCUUGCAAUCCAACGAAAAUGGACUAUCCCAUUGACCAAAACCGCGGUAACAAGGAGGCGGUAAUCUCCAUGCUCCGCUCCUCUCACGCUGCCAUCUCCGCCGUACUCCUCUCUUCCAUCGCCGCGGAACGCGACAUCGCCGACACCGACCGCCGCCUUCUACUCAGGCGCAGAUCUCUCGCCGCCAUCUCCGGCCCAGCGACCCGGCCUCACUCACAGGCCUUCGCCUCAAAAGCCCUACAUGGACGCAUCGCCCUUGCUGAGCGCCUCGAGGGCAGCCUUGUUGAUUUCGGUGGCUCGGAGCACAUCGCAAAAGCCGAGUACGAAGCGGUUGAAUUCAUGUGGCGCACGAAGGCGGUGGAGUUCAUGUGGCGCACGAAGGCGGUGGAUCGGACGAGGAUGAACUACAAGGGCGAGAUUGCGGAGGCGUUGCUGAGGCUUCAGGACGAAUAUAGAAAGAUGCUACGGCGGCUCCGGCAUGCGGACGUUGAGGAGAUGGCUUGCAUUGAGUGGAAGACGAACGGCGAGGAUCGGCUGGAGGGGGAAAUGGACUGUUGUGAGUGGUGGACAUUGGGUUCAGCGGAGGAGAGGGAUGUCCUGCGCCGGCUGACGGAAAUUCUGGCUUCCAAUGGCUGCAUUGACACAUGCAUCAACGUUUUCGUCAAGGCCAGGCGCCGUCAGGUCACGAAAGCAUUAAGCCAACUAAACCAGAACAGCAUCAACAAAUACAAAUCGAAGGACGUCCGCCGCAAUUGCCAGUCAGUCGAUCCCGCAAUCUCCCUAUGGAUCAGCCACAUCCGCAUCGCCGUCACUUCCCUCCUCCCAGCCGAGAAGCACCUCUGCCGCGCAGUCUUGUCCGCCGCUAUGGACGAAACCAUCUGGUCAGAGUGCUUCGCCAAGAUCUCCCACCGCAUCAUGCUCGUCUUAUUCCGCAUCGGCGAGCAAGUUGCCUACCCUCCCAGCGAGCCGCUCAUCAAUCUCCUCAAAAUGGCAGACACCGCAUACCGCCUCCGAUCAGCGCUCUCUGCCCUAUUCGACGACUGCGUUCCCAAAAUCUCAUCCCAAGCCCGCGAGUUGGAGAAACUCAUCGUCGGUUCCGCCUUCCGCGCAUUCUCAGCACUCAGCCUCCGCAUUGAUGCCAUCCAAAACGAUUUCCCGCCGCCUACCGAUGCAUCGGUCCCGAGUGUCGUCAUCUGUGGCGUCAAUUUUCUCAAGUGCGUGGCGGCUGACCGGUACGAGCGGUCGAUGGCUCAACUCUACCAGGAACAGGAUUUUAAAGAAAGCUUCGAGAAAGUCCUCGAUGCACUGCAGCGUAACGUGGAGGCAAUCUGGGAGAAGUUUGAAGAUAGAAUAGCGGCGCAUGUGUUCGCCAUGAACACGAAUUGGUACAUAUAUAUAAAGACACGGGGGUCUGAGUUGGCGAUACUCGUCGGGGAGGAGAAGAUGAGGAGGAAGUACAAGGGGGCGGUGGAGGCGGCGGCCUAUGCUUACCAGGCGGAGGCGUGGGAGCCAAUGGUGAGGAUGUUGGAGAAGGGGGAUGUGGGGGCUUUUACAGGGGCUAUGCAGGACAAUUUGAGGCGGCAUCGAAAGGGGUAUGGGAUUCAGGAUGCAGAUUUGAGAGAGCAGAUAAAGGAGGCUGUGCUGAAGAUGUUGGUGAGCGCAUACGAAGGGUGUCUGGAUGUUUUUUUUGGAAUGGUGCAGGGAAGUGGUUUCUUGCCGAUGAAAGAUUUAAAGGCGAUGAUCGGUUGGAUCUUUGACGAUGGUGGAGGAAAUGAUAGAGGGGUGAGCGAGCAGAAGGUUGUGGAUGAGAGGCUGGCGUCGGCAGCGAUGGUAGUGCAGGGAGGAGAAAGGGUGAAGGGGGAGAGGAGGAGGAGGGCGAGGAGGGGGACGAGGAGGGGGACGAGGCUGCAAUUCAGUCACGAAGUAGAAAGCAAAACAGAGGAUUGGAGUUCUGUUCCUUCGUAAAAUUAUU